AUGGUGCUGGGUCCUCCGAGCCGGGUCACGUGGCUGGUAAAAGCCGUCGCGGAGGCGGGGGGGAGGAGGAAGAGGCGGGAAGCUGGGGGGCUGGUAGCAAGAGACCGAGCGACGACGGGGUUGUCAUGGAGCCCUGGGGCCGGGCUCGCGCAUGCGCCACCUGACCCGCGGGCUCGGUCAUGGAGCCGCGACCCCGGCCUUAGGGCCAUCCAGAUGAAAAGAGUACCAAUGAAUCUGCCUCUAGCCCAGUAAAACAUGGAGAGGAAAAACCCAUCCAGAGAGAGCCCCAGAAGACUCUCGGCCAAACUAGGCAAAGGCACAGAGAUGAAAAAAGUGGCUCGUCAACUCGGCAUGGCUGCUGCUGAAUCUGAUAAGGACUCUGGAUUUUCAGAUGGGAGCUCAGAAUGCCUGAGCUCUGCAGAGCAGAUGGAGUCUGAGGACAUGCUGAGCGCCUUGGGCUGGAGCAGAGAAGACAGGCCAAGGCAGAACUCCAAAAGUGCAAACAAUGCCUUCCCUACCCUGUCCCCCAUGGUUGUCAUGAAGAAUGUGCUGGUCAAACAGGGCAGCAGCUCAUCCCAGCUCCAGUCGUGGACUGUCCAGCCUUCCUUCGAAGUGAUCUCCGCGCAGCCACAGCUCUUGUUCCUUCAUCCACCCGUACCAUCUCCUGUCAGCCUGUGUCACGCUGGCGAGAAAAAGUCGGACUCCAGGAACUACUUGCCCAUUCUAAAUUCUUACACCAAAAUAGCCCCACACCCAGGCAAAAGGGGCCUUUCCCUCAGCCCAGAAGAAAGAGGAGCAAGUGGAACGCGGAAGAAAAUCUGUACUGAGAGACUUGGGCCGAGCUUGUCUUCCAGUGAGCCAACCAAGACUGGUGCGGUCCCGUCCGGCCCCUCCACUCCAGCACCACCCAGCGCCAAACUUGCCGAGGACUCAGCUCUGCAGGGCGUGCCCUCCCUGGUGGCAGGUGGAAGUCCACAGACUCUUCAGCCGGUAUCCAGCAGUCACGUGGCUAAAGCCCCCAGUCUGACCUUCGCUUCCCCCGCCAGUCCUGUCUGCGCAUCAGACAGCACUCUACACGGGUUAGAGAGCAGCUCUCCCCUUUCACCACUGCCAGCUAAUUAUAGCUCACCUUUGUGGGCUGCGGAGCACCUCUGCCGCAGCCCAGAUAUCUUUUCAGAGCAGCGGCAGAGCAGACACAGGCGCUUUCAGAAUACCCUAGUAGUUCUUCACAAAUCUGGUUUGCUGGAGAUCACUUUGAAAACCAAGGAGUUGAUCCGUCAGAACCAGGCAACUCAGGUGGAACUAGACCAGCUAAAGGAGCAAACCCAGCUGUUUAUAGAGGCCACCAAGAGCAGGGCCCCUCAGGCUUGGGCCAAGCUGCAGGCAUCUUUAACAUCUGGGUCCAGUCAUACUGGCAGUGACCUAGAAGCAUUCUCUGAUCACCCAGACAUAUAGCACAGAAGCAUAUUUUCCUGUUACUUCAGUGGUUCUUUUAACUCUUUUGCGUUACCUACUCCUGUUUCCCAAAGCUUAUGUAAGAGCUUUUCCUUCUAAACUUAACCGUGUAGCUGUUCACUUAGGAAGCGAUGUGCCAAUACAUGGCUGCUAUCUUAACCUGUGGUCUGGGCACAGAUUACAUAUGUCUCUGUUGCACUGAGGACCUCAGGUUCGGAGUGCUCUUGAGUCCCUUUUCCUUAGCCUGCAGGCACUUAGGUGGAUCAUGGGGCAAAGCAGGAUAGAUGAUUGUGUGGGGCUCUUCUGGCUGUCACCUCUCACCGUCCCCCUCAUAACCGGGAUCAAGGGUGCAGUAACAGAGAUGAGCAUGCAGAGUGAUGCCUGUUGAGCCAGGGAGUAGGCGACCUAAGGAUACCUUCAUGCAUCUUCCCUUGCCUGUCUUAGUCACAUGGAAAAAUAAGGGGAGGUGUGUUUGCAUUCCACAAGGCAUCAUGCCAGGUGGGCGAAACCUAAAAUGCUUUGGGCACAGGUUGUGCCUAGGUGCAAGCAUUUAAUCACUUAAAACUUUGUUUUCUUAAACUUGACAGUCAAGGAGAAAGGGUAGUACCAUUUGACUCAUACACUUUCAUCACAAGCCAGAUUCAUCUUCACUUAAACUAGUAGGCAAAAUACUUCAGAUUUUUAACGUACGGAAUGGGUUCAGAACCAUCUGGAAUUGUAGUUUAUGAAUUGUUCCUUUGACUUAGAGACUGAAGAAAAUAGACAUGGCCAGCAUCUCAUGGUCAGGAGCUGGAAGAUUGUGGUUACUUAGGCUUUUUUUCUGUUUUGAAACAGUGCAACCUGUUUUAUGUCUAAAAAUCUCAAGGAUAGCAUCAGUGGUAUAGUAUAGUAUAAGGUAUAGUGUAAGUUAACCCUC